AUGAGUUUCAAACUUCCUACCAAGUCCCUGCAAAACAAUGGGGCUGCUAUUGAGGAAGAGGAAGAAGAUUACAUGACCAUGACAUUCGAUGACGACGCAACCGGCAGCUAUGGUGGCACACGAAAACAUGAAACGUCCCUCCAGCGUCAUGCCCGCCUGCGCCGCGAAGCUGAAGCUCGUGCUCGACCUAAAUCCAAGGCCGAGCUUGAAGCCGAAGCGGAGGCCAAGCGUGAAGCGGCCCUGUCGCGAUCGCUGCUAGAGGCUAAUCCGAAGAGCAAAGGUCUGGCGAUGAUGGCCAAGAUGGGCUUCACCGGCGGAGCCCUGGGGAGACGAUCUGGCGAUAACGGCAGCGAGGGCAAGGAGAUAAUCCCAGAACCGCUAAAGAUUGAGAUCAAGGACGGCAGGGAAGGUAUUGGGCUGGAGAGUGAACGGAAACGAAAGCUGAGGGAGGCGGCAGAGGCUGCAGGGGAAAGAGCGAAGAAGGCGCGGGCUGAUGAGGGCGAAUAUCGGGAACGAAUGCGGCGAGAACGGGAGGAAGCACGGCUGGAGAAGUUGGUCACGGCUGCACAGAAGGUUGCGGAGCGAAUGGCUGAGGAAGAAGAAGACAAGAAGAUGGUGUGCGAUGAGGCAAAAAAGACCACCUCAGGACAUCGUCCACUUCUCAAGACCAUUCCUGUUGUCUGGAGGGGGCUGGUCAAGGCGCGUGAGGAGGCUGAGCGCGACCGCAAGAUGCGGUACGACCUAGAACAGGGGUUGCUGGCGUCGCGGCUGCCGACAUAUGAGGAUUCAGAGGAGGAGGACGACGACAAGACGGCUUUAAGCAAGAUACAGACAACUUAUGUGUUUGCUGAUGAUCUAGAUGAGGAGGAUCCGGAGCUUGAGGAGUUCAAUGCGUUAUCCCCAGACGAAAAACUGCGCCGAGUGGUCUUAUAUUUACGCGAGAAUUACAACUAUUGUUUCUGGUGCAAGUAUCGGUAUCCAGACACGGAGAUGGAGGGUUGUCCAGGGCUAAUGGAAGAGGAUCACGAAUAA